AGAGGGAGAGUGGGAAAGAGAGUGAGAGAGGGAGAGAGAGAGAGAGAGGGAGAGGGAGAGAGAGAGACAGAGAGAGAGAAAGCGCGGAAGAGAGCAGCAACUUAGUUACUGAGUGUCGCUGCUGUGUCUCCUUCGACACAGCGGUUUGAAAGAAAAGCAUCUGGCAUUAUGGUUGAUCAGUGCUUCUUUCAUCCUCUCCCAUGCUUUAGUGACGACUGCAUCUACAUCCCUAUUUCUGUUUCAUUUCGAAGGAUUAAAAAUAAAAAAGCUGUUCAGAGGCACCAAGGAGAGACUCUACAUCUUCGAUGUGCAUGAGAUGACAGUGAGGAUACCUUAGAGGGACUGCAAGCCUGGCCACGAUUUGCAGGAAAAUGCAGCUUUGGAUUUCAUAUGUUUUGCUCGGUGCAACUUCAGUGGGCAUUGUUGAGAUGUCUGACCAUUAUGGGGAAAUCUGUCAAGAGCUGUGUGCCUGUGAGGAAAGAGAAGGGAUGCUUACAGCAAGCUGUGAAAGCAGAGGAAUUGCAAGACUUUCAAAUAUAAGCCCACUACCCUUCUCUCAUUAUCAACUGCUCCUUACUGGGAAUCUUCUAACAAAACUUUUAACUAAUGAUUUUGCUGACUACACAGGUCUAACAAUAUUACAUCUUGGAAAUAAUAAAAUAUCAGAAAUUAAAGCAGGGGCUUUUAAUGGACUGAGGGGAUUAAAACGAUUACAUCUCAACAAUAACAAAAUUGAUGCCUUGAAGGAAGAAUUUUUCUAUGGCCUUGAAAGUCUAGAAUAUUUACAGCUUGAUUAUAAUUACAUCACCCAUGUGGAGCAAAAUGCCUUCAACAGACUUCAACAUCUGGAGGUCUUGAUUCUGAAUGACAAUUUGAUAUCUAGUCUGCCUGUAAACAUAUUUCAAUUUGUACCAUUAACUCAUUUAGACCUGAGAGGGAAUCAGCUCAAAGUGCUGCCCUAUACGGGUCUACUGGAGCACAUGAACAGCGUUGUGGAGUUACAGCUGGAAGAAAAUCCAUGGAACUGCUCUUGUGAGUUAAUCGCUCUUAAGACCUGGCUGGAAAGCAUUUCAUACACAGCUUUAAUUGGGGAUGUGGUUUGUGAGUUCCCCUUUCGGCUUCAUGGUAGAGACCUUGAUGAAGUUUCAAAACAAGAGCUAUGCCCGAGGAGAGCCAUUGCUGAGUAUGAGAUGCCGCCACCUCCGCAUUUGGGAGUAGAUUCAAACUACAGGACGACCCCAGCUCUUGGUGCCUACUUCACUGCAUCUGGCAUUGCAAGAUCCUCAUCAAGACCAACCAAGGGACCUCGUCAGUCUGCCAAAUUAAAAUCAAAACCCACCGCUCGAGUCCCAUCAAAUAAGCCACAGAAUUAUGGUCAAAUUGUUUCUUAUCAAACCAAAUCUCCAGUGCCUUUAGACUGUCCAGCUGCCUGCACCUGCAAUCUCCAGAUAUCAGAUCUUGGGCUGAAUGUGAACUGCCAGGAGAGAAAGAUUGAACAGAUCUCUGAUCUUAGUCCCAAACCAUACAACCCCAAAAAGAUGUAUCUCACAGGAAAUUAUAUCCCAGUGGUGCAUCGGUCAGAUUUUACUGAGGCAACCGGAUUAGAUCUGCUUCAUCUCGGUAACAAUAGGAUAGCUCGGGUAGAUGAUAGAGCUUUUGGUGAUUUGACAUAUCUGAGACGACUAUACCUUAAUGGGAAUUUGAUUGACCAUCUUAGAGCUGAUAUGUUUUAUGGACUAGAGAGCCUACAGUUCUUAUAUUUAGAAUACAAUGUCAUUAAAGAAGUAAAUGCUGACACUUUUCAGCAUAUGCCAAAACUUCAGCUUCUUUUUUUAAACAAUAAUCUCCUAAAAACAUUGCCAGAGGGUACCUUUAACGGCUUGACAUUAGCAAGACUAAAUCUCCGUAACAACCACUUGCGUUAUCUUCCAGUCAGGGGUGUACUUGAUCAACUCACAGCUCUUGUUCAAGUUGAUUUGUAUGAAAAUCCCUGGGACUGCUCUUGCAGUAUACUUGACUUGAAGAUGUGGUUGGAGCAGCUCAGCAUAGGGACAGUUUUAAAUAACGUUAUCUGUGGCUCCCCCAAGAAGUUGGCUGGAGAAGAUAUGAGAUACAUUAAGACAACUAAUUUCUGCCCUAAUAAUUCUGAUAUACUUGCUUCUAUGAUUCCUCCCUCAGAGGAAUCAUUUCCAGGGAGCACUAUCACUAUAGAAACAUCCUUAGACUCCAACACUCAGUUCAGCACCAUCCCUUUGUCUGUAAUGAUUCUUGCCCUUCUUCUAUUAUUUAUUGUGUCUGUGUUUGUGGCAGCAGGACUGUUUAAGGCUACAAAAAAAAGACACCAGAAGAAUCAAAAUGAGCAGAAUGAAUCAAUGAAUGCCUGCAUUAGCUCCCUCAACAUGGAGUAUGGCCUUUACAAAAAGGGAUCUAUUCCUAAAAUAAGAACAUCAGCUGGUCAUGUCUAUGAGUAUAUCCCACCUCCCACAGAAGCCACAUGCAGAACUGCUGCACAAACCCCUAUGGACAACAAAUCAGUAGAUGGAUUUAAGGACUUUGACGAGUUAAGCAGCGCCUUUCUGGGUAACUUAGAUGAAGAGGCAGGCAGUACUGUAAUAAGCUCUGAGUACAGCGCCACGACUCCAGAGCCUCUCAAGAAGCCCUCCACCCCUUACCAAGACGAUGUAUGCUACUAUAGAGAUGUACCCGAGCCUGACAAGAACCAACGCUAUAACAAUGCUUUACUUUGCAGGCAUGGAGCACACUCAUCAAAUCAGUAUACAUCAGACUUUGAUGCAAGAAACCAAUAUGUGCACCCAGAGAGCAUACAACAGACAAUACUGUAUUGCACAGCACCAAGCUCUGUUUAUGUAGAACCCAACAGAAGCGAGUACUGGGAACUGAAAGCAAAGCUUCAUCUUGAUCCAGAUUACCUUGAGGUUCUCGAAAAACGAACUACAUUCACACAGUUUUGAGACAUUGGUCCUCCACAUGUUCAGUUGCCACAUUUGUGUGAUAUACUAAGUGAAAUUAAAAAAGACUAUUUUGUAAACUCAGAAACUACUUUGCAAAGACAUUUAUUGUGUUUCCGAGAAAUAUGCUUUAUGAAGCGAGUGAUGCAAGGAGAACAUAAUUAAUUUUGAAGCAUCACUUAACACUCCAUUCCUGUGUGGUUUUGCAGUUUGGUUUGAGUGUGCAAAUACAAGCAUGAAACUAUAUAUUCAGAGCUCUUAUGACUUACCCUACCACAGAUUUUACCCUGCAACAGUAUCAUUAAUAAUGAUUUAGGAAUCAGCUUUAAAUCUCAAAUUGGCUGCAGUUUAUGAGUCGUAAUAAACCACGCAGACAAUAUGUUCCUGACCCCCAAAUAACUUUAUAUUAUUUGGCAGAACAGGUUUUCUUUAAAAGGCAGCCCAUUCUACGUGUUUUCCUGCUUCUUGAUAUGAGAAGCAUGCAUUCAAGUCUAGCUUUCAUUCAAUCUAUUUGUAACAUGAUUAAUUAUUAAUGGAUAUCUGCAUUUGCUUUGUUUCUUUAACCAAAAGCAUGAGUUAUGAGUGCAGUGAAAGUCUCCAUUCUAAUAGAAACAUGGGAGAAUGUAAAUUAUGAUAUAUAUAAUGAUAAUAUUACACUAGCCUUAUUUGUAGAGUGGGACUAUUGUGCAAACACACAGCAGACAAGUUAAAACAUUAAUGUCAUGAUUAGAAUAAAGUUGGAAGAAAGUAAGAAAAGCUACCUUUUGGUUAACAUCUUUUCAAGCAUUACAUUUUACAUUACAAAAAAAAAAAA